CCCGCCCCGUGCCCUGGUUGGCCGGAGACAGCGCGGAGGGAGUUAAAGAGUCGGCACCUGGUGGGCAUCUGCAGGAGAUGCUAGAAGUUCCACGUUCUCCGUGGGUGUAAGUGCGUCCUUCGUGGCCUUGGCUGCUGUCCGGAGUUGGAGAGCGGUGGUUUCCUGGCUCCGGGUGUGCCUGCGUGCUUCUUAGGGGUGAAGGGGCGCCUGGAAACCGAAUGGUCGCUGGAAGUGACGUCUCUGCUGUCUGUGACCAAGGGAGCCCGCUCAACUUUGAUAUUCCAGAGUUUGCUUCCUGGGAUAUGGGAGAUGUCAGCGAACUAAAAAUGCAAAUAACACCGGAAACUCCAGGAAGGAUCCCUGUCUUAAAUCCCUUUGAGAGUCCUAGUGAUUACUCUAAUCUCCAUGAACAAACCCUGGCCAGCCCUUCUGUCUUUAAAUCCACAAAACUACCAACUCCAAGGGAAUUCAGGUGGUCUAUCGAUCAGCUGGCUGUAAUAAAUCCCGUGGAAAUAGACCCAGAGGAGAUUCAUCGGCAGGCUUCCUACUUAAGUCGCUCUCGAAUAGAUAAAGAUGUGGAAGACAAAAGACAAAAAGCCAUUGAAGAGUUUUUUACUAAAGAUGUCAUUGUACCCUCUCCCUGGACCGAUCAUGAUGGGAAACAGCCUUCGGAGCUUCAUCCUAGCAAAUGCCUUAAUAACAAUAGCAACUCUCCUGUUGGGCAGAAGCUGACGCAUUCCUCUGAGAAGUGCAACGCUGCCUGCCAGACUCUGCUGUCCCUUCCUGUGGAUUUUAAUCUAGAAGCUUUAUUAGGCGACUACUUUAGAGCGGAUAGCUUUGUGGAGCAGUCUCCUGGGAACCUCAGUUCUUCAUCCCUCAGAAGAAAGCUUUUCUUAGAUGUGAACGGAAGCAUCUCUGACUCCUUACCUUCAGCUUCUCCCGAAAGUCCUCCUCGCAGUGUGGGAGAAUCUCUUGAGGGACAGUUUUCUUCUAGCCCCAUUCAGAACAGUGCAAAAAAGUACAGUUUGGGGAGCAUAAAUAGCCCGUCAGCUAUUUCUUCACCCACUUUCUCACCAAUUGCACUUCAAAUAGGAAAGACCCCACUCUCAGAACAGAGGAAGUUCACAUUCCACUCUCCUGAAGCUUCGUCUGGAGCAAGCUCCACCGGGAUCACCAGUCCAAGCAUCAGGAGUCCGUACAUCGAUGGCUGCUCACCAAUUAAAAACUGGUCUCCUCGGAAACUCAGAGGAGGUCCUCAGUUUCUGUCCUCCCUGAUUCAGAUACCCUUUACCCUUGAGACUCACGGUGAAGAUGAGGAAGAUGUUCUCUCCACAGGUGUCUCUCCGCCAGGCACAAACGCUGCGGCAGCAGUCCUUCAGCAGUUGAACUGUGAGACUUUGGCAUGUGGCGAGCCUUUACUUGUCACUGCCAUGUCUGUUACGCAGAGUCAGUCUAGUACUUCUGAGAAGGAACUAGCACUGUUGGAGGAGAUUGAAAGUGAGAGAGACAAUGACACUGUGGAUAUGGUCGACCCUAUAGACACAGUAGAUGAGAGCACGUGGAUAAAGGAGCCGGUGGAUAAUGGGAAUUCACCCAUGGCUGAUUUUGUGAGUGGAAUUGAAAACUCUCAUAUGUGCAUGUCGCCUCUUGCAGAAAGCAGUGUUCUGCCCUGUGAAAGCAGUACUAUCCAGAUGGACAGUGGCUACAACACCCAGACUUGUGGAGGCAGUAUCACCGAUAUUGUUGGGACAGAAAGCUACUGCAAAGAAAAUGCCACACAGUCCUUUGAAGUGGAAAUAAAAUCUCAAGUUUGUACCAUAAAGCAAAACCACACAGUGCAGAGGUGUUGGAUGAAACCUGCGAGUCCAUCUCAGUGCGGCAGCCCAUAGAGCACCAAGGGCAAAGGGCCACACAGGAGCCCUCGUGUUUCCUGCAUGCCAUCUAACGUGCUGCUGACUGGGUUAACUGCUUCAAGUAAUAUGCAGAGCUCCCUCCUUAAUGUGAAAAUCAGUCUGCAAAGGAAGUCCAUCACAGAAGCAAAAGCUCCAAGUUGUUAAAAGUCUUAUUUUU